AUGAAGCUGCUCGUCUUUGCAUCCUUGCUCUGCCUCGUCGUGGCCGAAUGGGAAACCAGCUCCAACAUCACCGUCACUGGAACCGUGGUGUGCCAAUCCCGGCGCCAGCCCGGAAUCAGGAUCGACCUGAUGAGCACUGGAGUUAUCACCAAUGAUCUGCUCAACUCGACCACCAGCACGCCGCAAGGUGACUUCACUAUCUUCGGCCACAAGAAGGAAUUUGGCGAGCUGGAACCCUUAUUGUACAUCUACCACAACUGCAGGACCAUCAGACAGGGAUGUCAAACCCGCAGUGUCUAUCCCGUUCCGCAAAGUGACCUGCUUGGCGUCUACGACAUGACAUUCGUCAUUCUUGACGUCGUCACUGCGGAUGAAACAGCUGUGAACUGUCAA